AGAGGACCCAUGUGAGGAGGGACCUUUAGGACAGGCUUCCAAACGGAUAAAGAAAUUGAGGCCAAGAGGAUGUGACUAACAGGACCGUAGAGCUAUCAUGGAAAAGUGGGCUAGACUUCCCAAAGAACAGGAAGAGAAUCAUCCUUUGGAGGAUUGUUUUGAUUCAGUGCAAUUUGAUGCUAGGACCAUGACGGCAAAGCUUCCAGAAAAUCUUCCUGUUGUCUUUGGUUUGCAAGAAAAGCUGAAGUCACACAAAAUUGCACUGGUUGUGCUUUAUCUCCUUGUGUUUGGGGUUCUGAUCCCAAUCACUGCAUUUGUUUCAGGGCAGGUCCUGAGAUGCAGAGAGCAGAAUACAAAUUCUGGGUCAGAAUUCCCAUGGAAAGAAAAGCAGCAGGAAGAUGAGGUGAGAUUGAGGAAAAUGGUGCCUGGCUACAAUGAGACUUUGGAGAAGGAGAUUCAACAGAACUCUGAUUUAGAAGCAAAUCUGCAGUCUCAUCUUUUCCAGAACCUCAGCAUGAAGACUGAGCAGAAAUUUGAGGACCUCCUCCUUCAGGUCAACUCCAUCAUGUCUGCUGUCUACACUCAAAGAGGAGUGAUAGAUGCUGUCACUAACUCUUUAGCAAACCUGAACACCACAUUAUUUGAAAUUCAGCUCGACAUAGAGAGCUGGAAAAGCACCUGUCAAGGGAACAUCCGCAAACAGCAGGAGGAGACUGAGAGGCUGGAGGAGCAUGUGUACAAUGUGUCAGCAGAAAUUGUGACCUUGAAAAAGCAGCAGAUCCAUCUGAAUCAGGAAAUCCAAGGAGAAAUGAAACUUUUGGCUAACAUCACAAAUGACCUCAGACUAAAGGACUGGGAGCAUUCCAUGACACUGAGAAACAUAACAUUAAUUCAAGGCCCUGCUGGACCAAAAGGUGAACAAGGGGACAGAGGCCCCCAAGGAGAAGUAGGGGCUCCUGGCAUCACCGGCCCAAGAGGUCUUCCUGGUCUAAAAGGUGACAGGGGAUUAACAGGCCCCCAAGGGAAUAAAGGCAAUCCUGGAGCCCCAGGGAUCGUCGGAAGACAAGGUUUUCCUGGCCCGAAAGGGCAAAAAGGCGAAAAGGGGGACCGGAGAUAUUACUGCUUCUUCAAGUACAUUCCCCAGAAAGUCAUUCAAACGGGCAGAUUCCAUGAUGGCCUGAGGACAUCACUUCUGUGCUUGUGAAUCUUCGGAAAUGAAAUGAGGAGAACAGAAGUGCUUUGGUUGUGGGUGUGUUAGGGCUGUGUUUCACAUGUGAUUUUAUAAUCUAUGAGAUCUAUCUUCUCUUCUCCAGUCUCAUUGUUUUUCUGUCUCUCCCCUUCUCUUGGCUGGCUAACAUAUCAUUGUGUAAGCUUAUGGGGCCUCGAGCUCAAAAGCACCUCACGGGUGACUUAGUCCAAGCCCCUCUGUUUAUAGAAGGGGAAACUGAGGCCCACAGCUAGGGGAAGGGAUUUGCUCAGGGUCCCACAGAUGAUCUCAUCCUUCUUGACCUCUGUAGCAUUUGUCGGUGCUGGCCGCCUCCUUCCUGGAUACUCUCUUCUCUCUGAGCUUUUGGUCCCGUUGGUAUCUCAAACUCAGUAUCUUCAAAACGGAAUUCAUCUCUUACCCCAAGCCCUGCCAUCCUCCUAACAUCCUUAAUACUAUAGAGAGCAUGACCAUCCUUCAGGUCACCCAUGUUCACAAUCUCAAAAUCACUUUCACUUCUCUUUCUCAUGCACCACCCCUAAUCUAGUCUGUGGCCAACUCUUGCUUCUCCCUCCCUGACCUCUCUCUAUGUGUCCCCUUCUCCCCAGUCCCACAGGCACCCCCAGGUGCAGGCCCUCAUCAUCUCAUGCUUGCACUCAUCCCUGCCCCAAGUCUCUCCCCACUCCAGCUGUCAGUGAUUUUCCUAAAACUCAGGCUUGCUGAAGCCAAAUC